AUGCAGGACAUGGAUCCCCAGUCAACUCGAGCGCAGUUCACGCAGGUGACGACACCUGGCGAGCUGGCGCCGAUGCAAGUGAGCAAGGUGAACCACUUGCCGUCGCCCUCGAUAGCGAUGGAACUGGAUACGCCGCGUACCGUCGAAGUCGUCGCUGGCGACGGUAUCCCCACAGGCGCAUGGGCCGCUGGACUCUUCGACUGCUGUGAUAAUCUCAUGCCCAACUGCUUCAUGGUCACUUUCUGCCCAUGUGUGGCACUGGCGCAGCUGUCCACGCGCUUGGGCAUCGCCUCUUACAGAGUGGUGCUGAGUCUUCUGCUGUUCGUGAUAGUAGUGGAGCUCACAAUGUUCACGCUCGUUUGGACCACGGGCGAACAUGACGACGACUCGAGCGACGAGUACUACAGUUAUCGCUGGACGCACCUCCACGACUCGGAUGACAAGGUGGUCAACGUCACCUUCGUGAUCAUCACUCUGAUCGUGCAGAUGUUGCUGUUCGUCUACAUCUGGCAGCUUCGUGUCAAGACGCGCACGCGCUUCCAGCUCCCGGGCAACGCAGUGACCGACUGCCUCAGCUCGUGGUUUUGUUCAUGCUGCACUGUAGCUCAGCUACGAACUCACGUCCGCUGCUACCAGCCGGGUGACUGCUCGUUCGGAGCCCCCGAUGUCCUCCAGGCCUACCCUGGCAAAUCGUACGCUGUGUAA